UUUUAGGAAUAUGUCCUUGCAUGAAUAAUAGUAACCCAAAUACACCCCGCGGAAGGGGGAGAGGCAGAGGAAAGCCUACCCAAACAACAGCAAUUUCUACUUUCUGUCAACUGAAGCUCAACUUGGACAAUGCCUAGACGUUCAGCCAAACGUCCAGUAGGAUCAACUCCAGCAACACCCCAACAGAAUCCUACUCCUAUCAACUCACCACAGAACCAAAACGAACAGAAGUCACCACAACGAAAUGUACCUACCGGCAGGGGAAGGGGACGAGCUCAACAUAAAAAACCCGGAGCUGAUGAACCAGCACAACAAACACCUUCUCCUGAAAAAGAACCUCUGGCAAACCAAGUUGCAGAGCUACAGAUAGCACCAAAAUAUGACGCAAAUGGAAAGAUAAUAAACCCCUGGACAUCAAAAAAUAAAACCUUGGAAUUGAUGCACAGGAAGGACUAUGGAGUGGAAGGGAAACCUAUCGACUUAUAUACUAAUUUUUACGAGAUUAAUCACAAACCUACUAUGAAGAUACAUCAGUACGAAAUAACAAUUGAGAUUCCAGAGAAAAUACUGAAAUCCAACAAAAGUUUAGCAGUAGAUAUUUUUAACAGAAUGGUCUCCGACUACAGAGACGUGUACUUCACAGGUAUUCAUCCGGUGUUUGAUGGUAGUCGGAUCAUGUACACUAAUAAACGUAUUCCAAACCUUGAUAAGAUGAUUCAACUGCCAGUAAAGUUCCAAAGUAACAUUACGCGGCUUGAAGCAAUCAACAUUCAGAUACGGCCCACUCAGGGUGUAAUAGAAUUCUCUGAAAUAGAGAAAGUGUACAAAAACGAGACCAAAGAUUUACCUUACAACCUAUUCUCGUGCGCCGACAUAAUCCUUGGCUUCAUGCCAAAAAUGAGCUACGUGAGCUACGGAAGGAACUAUUUCCCACGUGGUCAAACCGUUGCUGAUCUAGGGAAUGGUAUUCAACUCUGGUCCGGUUCUGUUAUGGCAGUUAAACCAGGGCAGUGGAAGUUACUGGUGAAUAUCGACGAGAAGCACACUGCAUUUUACAAGGAGCAGAGUUUAAAAGAUUUUCUCACCAGUAUUUAUCCGAACAGACAGAGCUUCAAGUCAUUUGAAAUUAGUAAGAUAAACGAUCACUUGAAAGGGUUACAAGUACAAGUAACACACAACGGACAUCCCAGAAAACAUCGUGUAGUUGCCUUAAAAGAGGAGCCUGCUAACAAACAUCUAAUGACUGACAACAACACGGGUCUGAAGAUGACGAUAGAAUCUUACUUCAAGAAAAACAAGGAUAUCACUUUACAGUUCCCUCAGCUGCCUUGUGUUCAGGUUGAGCCGAAGAACAGAGAUAUCUACCUUCCUGUUGAGCUCUGCACUAUUGUGGAGGGGCAGCGUUGUAUCAGGUCGCUAUCAGAAAAGCAGAUUGCAGAUAUCAUCAGAACAUCCGCUAAAAGACCGGAUGUGAAAAAACGAAACAUCGAUUCUGCAGCAAAGAAACUCAUCGAUUCUAGUUACGAGUUAGCUAAGAGCUACGGACUAGAGUUGAGUGACAGACCUAUGAAGGUGAAGGGAAGAGUGUUGCAGGCUCCCAACCUAACCUACGGUAACGGCAGCGUUACGGCAAGUGCUGGACAGUGGCGGGGAAAAAGGAUGAAGACCUCUAGAUCCCUUACUAAUUGGGGCCUCAUGAGCAUGGCCUCUAAAGACCGGUUCGACCCAAGAAAGUUCAAGAAUGAUCUUGCAAAGGAGGGAUCCAAUAUGGGGAUCAUCUUUAGUGAUCCUGUGGUUGUUAGAUACGUCGAGGAACGAAAUUUCCUGCGAAUAGGAGAAGAGAUAAUAGAACAACACAAGAACCUACAGUACAUGUUCGUGAUCCUACCACCUAACACAAACAACAACACAUACAGCAUGGUUAAAGAGAUGGAGGUCUCCUCCGGGGUCCUUACUCAGUGUAUCAGAUUAGACACGUAUCAGAAGAAGUUCAAACCCCAAACGUUGGGUAACAUUCUACUAAAAACAAACACCAAACUAGGAGGAGUCAACUGGGAGUUGGCGUACAACAUGUCACCGCUAGCAAACCAGAUGGGAAAGUUUGUGUUCAGCGAACCGGUAAUGAUAGUUGGAGCAGAUGUCACCCAUUGGGCUAGAGACGAAGGGAACAAGCCCUCAAUAGCAGGUGUAGUGUGUACGCUAGACCGAGCGUGCAGUAAGUACGCCAGUAGAAUCCGACUUCAACACCACAAACGGAACAGAACUUCAGAUGAGAUUAUCCGCGAUUUCAAGGAAAUAAUGAAGGAACUGUUGAUAGAGUUCCGCAUCACCUCAAAGCGCAAACCCUCCAAGAUAUUAUACUACAGAGACGGUGUUUCACAGGGACAGUUUAUCCAGACACUGACUGAGGAGAUUGCUGGGAUCCAGGCAGCUUGCAAGGAGCUAGAACCAGACUACCAACCUAAGAUAACCUACAUUAACGCUCAGAAGCGGCAUCAUACCAGACUGUACUGUGCAGAACCACGUGACACUGACAGGUCAGGCAAUGUUCCUGCCGGUACAGUAGUUGACAGGGAGAUAACAAAUCCAAUACACUUCGACUUUUACCUCAACAGUCACAGUGGUAUUCAAGGUACAAACAGACCUUGCCACUACACAGUGCUGUAUGACGACAGUGACAUGUCCCCUGAUAUGGUACAACUCCUCACCUUCUACCUCUGCCACACUUACGCUCGUUGCUCCAGGAGUGUGUCCUACCCAGCACCCACCUACUACGCGCACUUGCUCUGCGCACGUGCGCGCACAAUGCUCUCUGCAAUGCGCCUCAACUGGUUUGACGCAGCUAAACCCCCCAACCUUAGUCAGAUUGAAUACAAACUGGCUCAGCACAAGAACUUGAAAAACAUAAGCUAUUUUGUGUGAGUCUCUUUUUUUUCAUCGUAAGGCAGGACUAAAAAUAAUUAGACCAAGAAGAUAAGUUUUUAGAGCAAUCUCUCUUCUAUAAUAUAAUGAAAUUAUACAUUCCUGCCUUAGAAUAUAUAUUUUUGCCAUACUAUUCAUACUAUUUUUAAUGAUGCUCUCUUCGAUUUUACUCAUCAAUCAGAUUUUUAUCAUUUUCUUUAUGCCCUCAGACCGUGGUGUAUUUCAUUAUUUGGAUUUUUCUUGUUAUAAAGGGUGGGCCAAAAUUAACUUGACGUUGAAAAUAUUUUUUCAAACCCGAUAAAGCAAAUAUUAAAUCCCAAGUUAAUUUCGGCCUUAUAAGCGUGUGUGUAUUACCUUUAUUCAGAUGAAAUUGAAGGGCAUUAUUUCACCCUGAUGAGGAUUCUUGUUCAAAUUCUGACUAUAUUUUUUAUAGAAUGCGUAACUUAAGUUACAUUAUUAUAACUACACUUUAUACGAUUUACUGCAAUUUGAUAUCGAUUGAUUUGUAUAUCGGUUUGACUGUAGACAUUGAAAUAGCAGAAUUUUACCAAAUCAGCCAUUUUUGGUCUCGGGUAUAAUAAUGUAACUUAAGGUAUAUUUAACUAUUGUUAUUUCUGUUACUUAAAGCUGGUUGUCAGAAUUAAAGAAUUGGGUUUAUCGUCAGCAAAUUGACAUUUGAUUUAAGAGAUCAUUGAUCUAUGCUAUAUUAUUUAAGCUGUCGUCAAAAAUUAUGUCUGGGUUAAACUGUACAUUUUGUUAAGGCAAGAAAUAUAUUUUGCUAAAUGUUCAAUUGUAAAGGUUCAUCUCCUGCAAUCACUAUUUCAAGAUCAA